UGCACGACGUCCGUACUCGACUGCAGCGCAGAGCUCGCGCAGGAGAAACAGGGCUGAGCGAACCGGGGGAGUCGGAAGUGACUUUGUUGUGAAGCUUUCGUCUCAUUCUGUGAAUGUUAUCAAUAAGAGACAUUUAAUACAACAAGAUGAAAGGAAAAACACAGUGUUGAAAAUUUUCAGCCAGGUAAACGACUGAGAGAGAGUGACACCAGGCCCCGCCGUGAGUGUCCCUCCUGCUGUCUGUUCAUUUCACAAGGAGCUGCUGAGUGCACCGAGGACCGCCUACAGGCUCCCUGCCCGGGGCAGAGACAGCGCCCCAGUACACCUGCCAUAAUGGUGCUGUCACAGAGGCAACGAGAUGAGCUAAAUCGAGCGAUAGCAGAUUACCUCCGAUCAAAUGGCUACGAAGAAGCAUAUUCUGUUUUUAAGAAGGAAGCAGAGUUAGAUAUGAAUGAAGAAUUAGAUAAGAAGUAUGCAGGGCUUUUGGAAAAGAAAUGGACCUCAGUUAUCAGAUUACAAAAGAAGGUGAUGGAGCUGGAGUCUAAGCUUAACGAAGCUAAAGAGGAGAUCACUUUAGGAGGGCCCAUGGUGCAGAAAAGAGACCCCAAAGAGUGGAUCCCGCGUCCCCCGGAGAAGUACGCGCUCAGUGGACACAGGAGUCCCGUCACACGCGUCAUCUUUCAUCCUGUCUUUAGUGUCAUGGUCUCUGCUUCAGAAGACGCCACGAUUAAGGUGUGGGACUAUGAAGCAGGAGACUUUGAGAGAACUCUGAAGGGUCACACAGACUCUGUGCAGGACAUCUCCUUCGAUCAGACUGGAAAGUUGCUGGCUUCCUGUUCAGCAGAUAUGACCAUCAAACUCUGGGACUUCCAGGGCUUUGAGUGCAUCAGGACCAUGCACGGACAUGACCACAAUGUGUCAUCAGUUGCCAUCAUGCCCAAUGGUGAUCAUAUUGUUUCUGCAUCGAGGGAUAAAACGAUUAAAAUGUGGGAGGUGGCCACUGGGUAUUGCGUGAAGACUUUUGCGGGCCACCGGGAGUGGGUGAGGAUGGUGAGGCCCAACCAGGACGGCACGCUGUUGGCCAGCUGCUCCAACGACCAGACGGUGCGUGUGUGGGUCACCGCCACCAAGGAGUGCAAAGCUGAGCUACGAGAGCACGAGCAUGUCGUGGAGUGUAUCUCCUGGGCUCCAGAGAAUGCCUACCCUACUAUACUGGAGGCCACAGGCUCCGAGAACAAGAAAAGUGGUAAGCCCGGUCCAUUCUUGCUAUCUGGAUCUCGAGACAAAACCAUUAAGAUGUGGGAUGUCAGUACUGGCAUGUGCCUUAUGACACUGGUGGGCCAUGACAACUGGGUGCGUGGUGUGCUGUUCCACCCGGGUGGGAGGUUCAUCGUGAGCUGUGCUGAUGAUAAGACCCUGCGCACUUGGGACUAUAAGAACAAGCGCUGCAUGAAGACUCUGAGUGCCCACGAACACUUCGUUACCUCUAUGGAUUUCCACAAGACUUCCCCCUAUGUGGUGACGGGAAGCGUAGAUCAAACAGUCAAAGUGUGGGAAUGCCGCUGAUCUCACUCGACCCCACCCCGCCCCUCCUCCGUACCACCACUACCACCACUCCUCCCUGUCGCAACACUCAUCCCUCGGGAUGCACUCAUCACCAUGGUUACCCCCCCAUCCGGCGCUCCUCGAAUAACUAUUGUCCUUUUAUGUAAAUUAUUCUGGAUGUAGGUUGAGCUUAUUAAAUGUUACAUAAGAACACCCUCGCGAGGAGAGAAAAAUAAGUUAAGACAAAAAAAACAAAAACAAAAAAAAAAAAGUAUUCUUGCAUGGUGAAUCCCAGACUUGUAUACUGUAAUUAUUAUUAUUAUUAUCAUUAUUAUUAUUAUAAAUAUUAUUUGCUUACCAUCAUCUUAAAGGGUUAAAAAAAAAAACAUCAAGCAUCACAAUACAAAAUGCAGAACGGUCCUUUCUGGGGAAUUCAUAAAGGAAAAAAAAAAAAACAGGCUCGCUUUCUUUUUUUUGUUUUUUGUUUUUUAGCUCCGCUUUCAUGAUCCGCUGAUGCUUCAGAGAGCGAGAGAGAGAAAAAGAGAGGGCAAGUUUUUUUUUUUUUUUUUUUUUGGAUGCUGCCACUAAACCAAAUUACAAUCUGAAUGUUUGUCCUCUUAAAGGACUCCUAUUGAUGUAUUUUAGGUGCUAAAUGCUGUACAGUCGAGAUGAACGAGAAUCUCAGUGGACUCAUUGGAUCCGGGGGAAGAAAAUUUCUUUACAUGUAAAGAUUUAGACUGAGAGCAUUUCGACCCAGUUACGUCAUUUUGUAUAUACGUAUAAAUAUAUAUAUAUCUAUUAAAAAAAACUGAAGUAAGUGACGUCUUGGGGAAUAAAAAAACCAAUAAAGGAUAAAUCAGCGUAAACCUCAAAUGAGAGUAAACCCCUGACUUACUCAAGUGCACUUCUUAAAGGAGGGUUAUGAUGUGUGAUUGUGUGUGUUUGUAUAAAGCAGGUUUUUAUCUUUUUUUUUUUUACUUUUUUUUUUUUGCAUGCACAAAACGUACAUCAGCCCUCUUCAUUGCCAUUUCAUUUUGCCCUCCAUUGGGUUGAUCAACAGAGAGAGGGUAGGACAGCAUCCAGAUGAUUUAAAAUAAGAAAAAUAUAAAUAAAAAUGUAAUACGUGAUAUAUUUAUGUAAGGACCGAUUCGACACAAGGGUUUCCAGAGCGGCACUGAAUUCCACCAUGUUUAAAAGCAGCCACGUUAGCAGACGCUUUUAAGACACAUAAUCUAUACAUCACCUCAUUUCAGAUUUCUUGAGAUCAUCUUUCACGUGACAAUUUAUAGGACGGCAGGGUUUUACUCCGCCAGCUCUGACACACACGUACACACAUGGGAGACGAAAGGGCGUGUCACAGAUUCAUCAGUUUAUCCUGUGCAUGCUGUGUGUUUUAUUUUAUUUCAUCAUGUUGCGUGUGUGUGGCCGAGCUGCCACCUAAAGGAAGCUUUUUCAGCGGUACUGCUUUGUGUCAGUAUGUUCCUCCUGAUUCAGGGAAGCAAGUGACACGGACUGUUUUGUUUUUUUGUUUUUCUUAUCAGACGAUCUCGUCCAUCAUAUCCCUUCUGUUGGACCUGCCGAGUCUGGCUGUGCGUGUUAACGAUAAAGACGACCCCUAGCUAGAUCAACAAAGUGCAAUAACAAUAGGCUGCUCUGUGUUAACUCUGGGCGAACAUGUACGUGAGAGUCGUGUGCACAUUAUACGCACAUGUGUAGAAAACUAACCUCCUUUGUGUUUGCAAUGGAACUGACUUUUUUUUUUCCCUCUUCUUCUUUUUUUAAGAAGCAACACACAUGUACAGCGAGAGAGAGAGAGAGAGAAAUUCUCCCCUGGAUAGUAGUGUUGGAACUUUAGGCUUCGUAAGGGAGUUAUGUAGGAGGUGCACGUGGUUGUAACAUUUUAACGGUGGUUGUAUAGGCCCGGCCUCUGCUAUUCCAAAGCUGUGUGUGUGUAGUAUCAGUGGACGUGUGAACGGAUCUUAGAGCUUCGCUGUAUGUGCAGUAGGUUUGUGCACUCAGUUAGCUCCGAGUCCAGUCGUUUGCUCUCUAUGCCUUGUUGAUAUCCUGAAGCUCCUCCCCUGCCCCCUCACCCCCACCUCGAUGUAAAGACCUUCAAUCUGUUUUUUUGUGAUCUCACUGUUCACACACUCACAUAUACACUGACAAAAUAUAAGUUGUGUACCAAUAUAUCUGGAUGUCAUUGUUUGCAACAAUUAAGAGUAAUAAAAACUGUAAAUAUAAAGCAG